AUGCGCACGUCCGUCAUUGGCGGCAAUUGGAAGAUGAACCCGACGUCGCUCGCUGACGCCAAGGAGCUCGCGACGGUCGUCGCCGCGGAGACCGCCGACAUGCCCGGCGAGGCGAUCAUCUUCCCGCCGCGCGGCGCCCGCGACACGAAGCUGCACCUCGGCGCCCAGUCCUGCUUCUUCGAGGACUCGGGCGCCUACACGGGCGCGGUCGCGGCGUCGAUGGUCAAGUCGAUGGGCGUGACGUACAUCCUCACGGGCCACAGCGAGCGCCGCUCGCUCUUCAUGGACGACGACACCGCCGUCAACAAGAAGACGCUGAAGGUCCUCGAGUCCGGCAUGAUCCCCGUGCUCUGCAUCGGCGAGACGAAGGACGAGUACGACGCGGGCCUCUGCGAGAGCGUCUGCGCGAUCCAGCUCGCCAAGGACCUCGCGGGCGUCUCCGCCGAGGACAUGAAGAAGAUCGUCAUCGCCUACGAGCCCGUCUGGGCCAUCGGCACGGGCCUCGUCUGCCCCUCGGACAAAGCCCAGGAGGUGCACAAGUUCAUCCGCUCGAAGCUCGCGUCGAUGUACGACGAGGCGACGGCCGACGCGGUCCGCAUCCAGUACGGCGGCUCCGUGACGCCCGACUCCGUCGACGAGCUCAUGUCCAUGCCCGACAUCGACGGCUGCCUCGUCGGCGGCGCGAGCCUCGUCGGCGACAAGUUCGCCCGCAUCCUCAACUACAAGUAG